GGUCAGCAGUAGUGUCGGAAAACCCAUGUGCUGAAAAUUGUCUGCUGUAGAAAAAUAACAAUUCUAAGUCAUCGCAGAUCGCACGAAUCACAAAAUGAAUUUUGAGUAUUGCAAAAUAUUUAUACGUAUGUUCCACAGAUCAGCCGUUAAUGACAAGAUUUCAUCUCAAGCCAGGAUUAUGAUGAAAAUCAUGGGAUCCGACAAAAAUAAAAAGGAACACCGUUUCUUCGUUGAAAAUCAGUCAACCUCUCAUUUGCCUGAUUUUUUAGGGAGAAAGUCUGGUGGAAAUGCUAAAAUAACUGAACGAAGAGUUGCCGUUUUAAAUUCAGUGUUCUUAGAGAAAAUUAGUGACAUUCUGGUUUCCUCUAGACUGGAUCAUGGUGCAACAAAUGUGCAUCAACAUGGCUUUUUUGUGACAAAGGUUAAAGUUCAAAAUGAUGGUUCAGCACUUCAUGUAUACUGGUAUGCAGAUAAAAAUUGUGCAGCUGUAAUAGAAGAGCUUCCAAAAAUGGGGGGUUGGUUAAGACAUGAACUUUCUCAACUCCAUAAUGGACGAGUACCCCACAUCAACUUUAUCUUUGACCGAAGAUUUUAUAAAUCUACCGAUGUAGAAGAUCUCCUUAAAAUAGCAGAUUUUGGACCUGACUAUAACCCAGACAGGACUAGUCGUCCAAGCACAAUUCCAGGAUCUGAGGAGACUCCGAAAGAGCUUAAUAAAAUUUCUGACGUUCUUGGAAUCGAUCGAAAUGCCAUAAUGAAUCAAGUUUUGAGAUCGAUGAAUCAUAUUCCCAAGUCGACACCGGUUGAACAGGACAGCAGCAGAAACUUAGUUGACAGUCAACGUCAGGUGGACUUCAAGAAAUACCUCCACGAACAAGAAGUUUUGAAAAUGAAGAUGGAAAGAAGACAAAAUAGAGCAAUGAUGCGCGAGGCAGAAAUGGCCAGUAGGCCUAUUUCUAAAGAGGAGUCCGAUUUGGUCGAUGAGGAAGAAGACGAAGAUUAUAUCGAUCAAGAAAUCGACGACAUUAAAUAAUCUAAAAAUAGUUGAUAACAGUAUGAUUUAUUGUUGACAAAUAUGCGCAUUACAGUGGUGAUUUUGUUCUGAAA